CAACCUCCCAGUCAGUCAGUCUUAGUGUUGAGAGCACCGACUCGCGAUCGCGGUGCAGCUGCGGAGAAAACGCUAGGCUGCGCUCGAAUCCGACGCUUUCCUGUGCUUCCCAACCGGCCGAACGCUGAAUCCGACCCGCAGCCCAUGGCAACUUGAAACCGGAGGAGCCGCGCCGCUAAUUCAGGUGCGCAAUUACGCGGUGUUCAUGUUUGCAAUGCCUCGUUUUCGGUACGUGUGCCACCGCUCGCUCUCCUGUGUGGCCGCAUUCAUAUGCUGCUCUUCGCAAGCGAGACGCUCAGCAGGCCAACUGGCGUCCCUGGUGUUGUGCCAGUUGCCCCACGUGGGGGGCGGCUGUACUGCCCACCCCUCGCACGGAGGCCUGGGCCUCGUCGGAUUCGGGAAUGCCACCCCGGCCGGCUUCACCAUCAUGCUGACCUGCCCGCACUGCCAGCAGUCCUUUGAAGGGCCCGCCGGCAGCGCGUCCGACACCACCUCGAGGAGCGUGCCGCCCACAUGCUGCUGCACUGCCGCCCCCGCCGCCCCAUUUCUGCGGUUGUUCGCGGGCAGCGGCGGCAUCGUAGUCAAGAACACGAGCAGCACUCCCCACCUGCAGUUGUCCAUCCAGCCGCAUGCGACGGGCCUGCAGGAACCCUUUUCGCCAACAUUGCAGAUCGUGUGGCCGCGACCCUCCCCCGCCACUAUCAACCGCCAUUCGGCCAGUAUCAUCGCAACCCGAAAAGCACUCGUUAAAUCUGGAUGGUAUUACAAGGCGUUCAGUGGUGAAGAAUCGCUAAUCGCUCUCAAAAACUGUCCGCCUGGCACAUUCCUGGUGCGCGAUUCGUCUGACCCAGAGCACCUGUUCUCGCUGAGCGUUCAGACAACGCGAGGCCCAACCAGCGUGCGGCUCCGCUACCUCGACGGCGAGUUCCGGCUUGACGCACAGCACCAUUUGGCGCACCAUGUCCCCCGCUUUGACUGCGUCCUCAAACUCGUCGAGCACUACGUACAAGAGGGCAAAGAGACGCAACGCAGACUAGCUAACCGCAAGUACGUCAACGUCUUACCUACCCCAGAACCUGGAAGCCAAGUUUGGGUGGACGACUCAGGACGGAUGCACUCACCAAUCUUGCUAACGCAGCCGUUGAGAUGCAGGGUCAGCACCCUGCAGCAUCUGGCGCGCCUAGCCAUAAAUCAGAGACUGCAAAGCAGGGACCUGCCGGCCCUCAAGCUUCCGAAGACCACCGAGGACUACCUCAGGGAAUAUCCAUAUAGGCAGUGAUCAGCAGACAGUUACUACUACACUUAGGGACUGAGAGCAUUGCACUCAUUUUCAUGCACACUGCGAUGACUAGACUGUUCGUUAACGACUCGUCUCUACUCCUUAUUAAGUGUUGUUAUUGUUACAAUCAAGAGCUUAUGAGGCCGCCCUCAAUGUUUCGGUCUAUUUCAACUAGUGAUGCCAAAGUAGACAUUUUGAUGUUUCAUGUAAAUCUGAUAUCCCCGAAUGCUUUAAAAACGUCCUAUAGGAACAAAGGCAGGAUAUUUUGUUGAGCUUGCUUAAAUGUGUAACUUGGGAAAGUAAAGUGGAAUGAGGGCCUCGCUGUGACAAUAUUGCUAGCAGUCUUGAUAGGCCUUUAACAAUUCUUAAAAAUGCGUGGAAACGGCAGGUUGGAAAAUGUUUCAGUUCAAUUAGAUGCAGCCAUCUUGGAGAGGCGCUUGCAACUCAACAAGAUAGCUGCUGUUAAUUUUGCCCCGAAACUUAGUGAAAUCCUCCAGUGAAUCAGCCUUCAAAGGCAUCUACAAACAAGUUGUUGGUUGAACUGCGAUCGCAAAAUUUAACUUAUGAAAAAGGUUCGUGACUUUCCUACUUGGUAGUUAAAAUGCUGUAAUUUGCUAUACUGCGAUAUUUCGUUUUUUUAAGCUAAAUUCAAAAGGUUUUGUUUGCAUUUUGAUGCCAAGAUGUAGGUUAUUAUUUAAGGUAUUUCUGAAGGGUGAAUGUUGAUGUCUUAAUUUAUUGAAUAUUUUGCUAUGAUCACUGUUGACGAGAUUACAUUAUGCUGAUUUUGUCCAGCGUUAAGAGUGAAUGGUGUAGAGUGAGGCUGAUCAGACCAAAUGCAAUUGUUCGAAACAAAUCGUGUUUCUCGCUCUUGGUUUAUGUCAAGUUUAUUUCUAUUAACUAGGUACGCUUGGAACAAAAAUACCAAACAAUAAUUAUGUGUAAAUAAAUUAUUAUUACUUUAUAAUGAAAA